AUGGCACAGGAGCGAGAAUUCUACAAAUAUUGCCAGCUGCCUCAGCGUCCGGGUCUCCUCCAUCGGCCACCACCAUCUCCUCGCAGCGAAAUCGAUGCGGAACUGCUACCGCAAUCAUCACAAGACACCACUUUGACGGCGCUUGCGCAGCUCGGAGCUUUGCGAUUGAAUGCCCGACGAUGCAUGAUCUCCCUCUUCGACCGUCAUACGCAAUAUAUCCUCGCUGAAUCGACUCGCACAUUAAGUCUCCAAGAUGACAGGGUCCAUGUCGAUGGUGAUGGCUUGUGGCUCGGCAGCAGUGUCAUUCCCAAACCAGAUGGGAUCUGUCACUAUUGCUGCGAGGAGGAUCAGCUCAACGCCGGGCCAAAGGGUCCGAAUGGAGGAUAUACCGCAUUGGUCAUUCCGGAUAUGACCAAGGACGACCGGUGCAGCAAGCGACAGUAUGUGGUGAACGCCCCGCAUCUGAGAUUCUAUGCUGGAGUGCCUAUCAUGAGCCGUCGGGGCAUUGCCAUCGGCGCAUUCGCAGUGAGUGACGGUCAGCCUCGCGCAGGGUUAGAUCCGCUGGAGAUUCGGUUUAUGACGGACACCGCGGCCGCCAUCAUGAAUCAUCUGGAAAUGAUGCGCUCUCAUGAACAGAAUCGCCGCGGGGCCAAUAUGAUCGCAGGAUUGGGAACCUUUGUCGAGGGAGCGACGUUCCCGUCGAGCAGUCUCCGAAGACCCGUACACACGCACGAUGAGGAUGAGGAACAGGAGUCAGAGAACCCGCAGAACAUUAUCCCACAGACGCGACGGCAUCACCCAACACUGGCGGACGGUCGCUCCCCCCUCAAGGAACGAAGCCAUCAAGGGGAGGCCGCUGCAUCUCCAUCAGGAUCUCACGAAGGACAGGAGUCUGAGAAACGACCUCGAAUCUCCUCCACGCCCAAUCACCACCGUCAACCGGAGAUCACCCUGGCGUCUGGUACCAGAGAGAUCAUUUCACGCGCGGCUCGUGUUCUGCGCGACUCUUUAGAGGUGGAGGGCGUUGUUUUCUUCGACGCCAGUGUCAAUUCUUACGCGACUUUGGUCCGGAACUCGGACGGUCGCCAGUCGGACAUGGAGAGCAGUAGCAGCACAGGUGACGCCAAUUCCAGCAGUGACAGUGACAAUCCGACUACCGGACACUCGUCAACCGAGACGGACGACUCGGCCGUGUGUGAAGUGUUGGGAUACUCCACGGCGCAAGAUGAUUCCGAGAAAUUGACCGGGCCAAUGCGAGAAUCGUUUCUUCGAUCCCUCCUCCGCCAUUAUCCCCGCGGUGCUAUCUUCAAUAUCGAUGAGAACGGUGGGGUGUCGUCUAGCGAGGGAAGCGACAGUGCCUCCGCAAGCUACGUCUCUCGAGAGAUCGUUUAUCGUCGUGACGAGGGCUCCAAGGUUCAGCGACACUGGAAACAGAGAAAGCGGGAGCGAUUGAGUCUCAAGGAAGAAAACAAGACCCUGAUCAAAGUGUUCCCUGCGGCCCGCAGUGUGACCAUGUUCCCUCUCUGGGACUCACGGCGAAAUCGCUGGUUUUCAGGGCUCUUUGUGUGGACGGCUGCGCCGCGCGUCUUCAGUCUGACAGGCGAGUUGGCUUAUCUGUACGCCUUUUCCAACAGCAUUAUGGCGGAGAUCCAUCGGCUGGAUAUCGAGUUGGCGAACAAGGCGCACGCCACUCUCGUUGGAAGCAUUUCUCAUGAAUUGCGCAGUCCCCUUCAUGGCAUUCUGGGCAGUACGGAAUUACUGACCGAUUCCACGAUGACACCCGCUCAGGUAGCUCUGGUCAAUACCAUCGAGCACUGCGGUCGGUCGCUGCUGGACAUCAUCAACAAUAUGCUGGACUUUGCGAAGAUCAACCAGUUCACUCGCAAAUCCCGAUCGUCCCGGUUCAAGUCGAAGCACACCCCUCGCCGGCGGCCGGGGUUGCCUGCACGCAUCGCUUCCAAAGAUAAGCCCGGCUUUGGGGUGGUCAAUCUGAUCUCAGAUGUUCAGCUGGAUGCCGUGCUGGAAGAAGUUGUGGACAGUGUCUUUGCUGGUCAUUGCUUUUCCGCCAAGGGGGGGCUCGUUGCCCGGCCAGCUCCACAGGUUCCUGCGCGGGAUAGCGACGGAGAUUUAAUUAUGAAAGGUGCUACAGAGCGACCGCUUUCUGCUUUUAAUGAAGCACUCACCAUCAUCUACGAUGUUGAGCCCGGUGUGCAAUGGCUGUUUGAAACACAGGCCGGUGCAUGGCGUCGGAUCCUCAUGAACCUCUUCGGUAACGCCCUCAAGUACACACAGUCGGGUUACAUCUCUGUGACGUUGAGGUGCAGCUUGACGCCGUCCAACCCUAAGAUGAAACGACUGGCUCGUGGAGAUGGGACACGGGAGGGCAUGGGGAGUGUAACUUUGACCGUCAAAGACACCGGACAGGGCAUCGACAAGCAAUAUUUACAGAGCAAUGUGUUCAAGCCAUUCUCGCAGGAAGACCCUCUCUCGCCGGGGAGUGGUUUGGGCCUCAGCAUUGUCCAUCAGACUGUGGUAUCACUUGGUGGCAAAGUUGAUAUAACCUCCACUAAGGGUAUUGGGACUGAGGUGACGGUCACGAUGGAUCUACCGCGCACUCCUCAGGCAGAGGUGGCGGAUAACGAACGCGACGCCAGUAUUAUCCGCAAAGCAAAAGACCGAGUACGUGGCAAGUCGAUUGGACUGAUCGGAUUUGGAUCUUCCUCCCAACAAGAGGAUGAGGCACUGGUUCUCUUGCGCUCGUCCCUCCUUCGAAUGUACAAGGGGCAUUUCGGGAUGGAAGUCGGCAUUGUCUCGUCGAACGUGUCGGAUCAGCAGGUGUACGACCUAUAUUUGGUGCGACAAGCCAACCUGGACGAAGUGGAUCAGAUUUGUCGGCAGGUCACAAUGGCUGAGAGUGACUCGCGCAGCCCGCCGAUGAUCGUCAUUUGCUCGACGCCUCAGAUGGUGCAAAAGCUAUCAACCACCGCGAGUCAGCGACCGUCGACGUCGAUCUACGAGUUUAUCAGCCAGCCAUGCGGACCGUCCAAGAUGGCCAAUUCACUUCUGGCUUGCCUCAAGCGCCAAAGGGAACGGCCGUCUUGUAUGACGGCUGGCGGGCUCGACACUGCGUUUCUCACCGCGGCUCAAGCGAGCAAACCUAGGCGGCACAGUGAGAAUGUGUCGCGGGUCGACUUCUCUUUGACGCCGGAGAAGGCCAUAGUUUCAGUGACUACCACUAAUGUUGAUGAUCCUGCUAUGGAAGUAUCAACGAUAGAGGCAACCAAGAGAGUUCCCUCCGUCCUAUUGGUGGACGACAAUGACGUGAAUCUGAAGCUGUUGGUGGCUUUCAUGAAGAAGGCCAAGUUCCCUUACCAUACGGCCUCCAAUGGGCUCGAGGCUCUGGAAGUAUACAAAACGAAUGUCGGGUACAUCCCUGUUGUUCUCAUGGACAUCUCCAUGCCGGUCAUGGACGGUCUCGAGGCGACGCGGGAAAUCCGCCUGUUCGAGAAGAUGCAUCGCGAAGGAAGCACCAAUGCUGGUCAUUCGUGCUUCAAACCCACGACGGUCAUCGCGCUGUCGGGGUUGGGCAGCGCCCCGGUGCGGCAGGAGGCCUUUAAUUCCGGCAUUGACCUCUUCCUGUCGAAGCCGAUCCGCUUUCAGGAGUUAGUCAAACAGAUCGACGAACUCAUGCAUUGA